UAAAGUUAAACUGGUGGCGUUUACGCACCAUGGAGAGCGUCUUUGCGCACUGAUUCAUGGCCAUCUAAAGACCCAUAUCCUCACAUCUGUAAAUCUGUUCGAGGAAUACUACUUUGUUAUGUUCAUCUGCACACUUCUCAGGAUCUAAAUGUGUUGUGUUCAUCUCUGAAGAUGGAGUGAAGCGUUGAAAAGACCGUAUAUUUUUGCGCACCUGUCAGGAAGGAUGCCCGAUCGAAGAUGUGCUCAAGCCGAAAGAUCAUCUGGAGUUUGUUGGUUCUGUCGGUGCUGGAGAUAGGGCUCGGGGUGUCCAGCAUAGUCCUGGGCGCGGUGGGCAUCAGCCGGGCGAAAGCGAAGCACAAAACCCAACAGGGCGACGCAUCUCCGGUAUGGAGCGGAGUGUGUUUUCUCAUCUGUGGAAUGUGUGGCAUGCUGUGUGCACGGAAAAGAACAGGAUUAAUCAUGAUAUUAUUUUCCUCCUGCUGUAUUUGUGGGUUAAUCAGUGGAAUCCUGAACUUCCAGUUUGUCCGUGCGCUGCUCAAGCGUUCAGAUGCCACGCGCUCUCUUCAUUUGGCCGUCAUGUCUCUUUCGUGUCUCGGUAUCAGCAGCUGCACUCUGUCCACCUGGUUGACCUGCAGGCUGGCCAGCAGCGAGCAGCAGCGCAUGUUUCUGGAGCGAGAACAUUCACUACAUCACUCGCACGAAAUGGCAGAGAAGGUACGCCAGGAGCUGGAGGUUUUGGACACCAGCAAUGGCAUCUCUCAAAUCUCCUUCAGUGGACGGAGCGCCUCGCCGUGACUGCUCGCCAAUGGUGCCGUGCCCACACACUCUUAAAAGCACAGUUCUUCCAUUUGAUUGGCUGAGGCAGGCUGACAGUCCUACAUUCUGACUGGCUAAAUCCGACUGACAGUUCAUUCUGACUGGCUGAGGCAGACUGACAGUUGAGUCAAGUGGAAGUAUAUUCAGAGAGCAGAUGUAGUGUCAGAUAACAGUAUUGAACAGACUGACAACCAAUCAGUGUCUGGUUACCUGAUGACCUCAGGAGAGGUCAGUGCAGAAGACCUUGAUAAACAGCCAACAGAAAGCAUUCCACUGAGUGUGAAAUAAGCAUGCAAUUUAUCUCUCCCUCUCUCUCUCUCUCUCUCUCUCUCUCUCUCUCUCUCUCUCUCUCUCUCUCUCUCUCUCUCUCUCUCCCUGUAUCUAGAUAAAGGGAAUGUUGAAUCUGAAAUUGUAAUCCUGAUAUUGUAUGGUAUACUGAAUGCUUUUAUCCUGAUUGUUAAAAAGUGCACACUGUACAAUGCCUGUAAAAUAUUUAUUAAUUUACAGUAUUUUUAUAUGGAGGCUUCAUAUGAAAAUGAA